AUGGAAAGCCCGCACGAACACCAGCAGGCUUUGCUCCUUUCACGUAUCAUUGGCAAUAUUGAGAAACUCAAUGAGUCGGUAAUGUUAAUGAAUAAGAACCUUCAAGAGGUCAAUAUACAGAACAUGAAUGUCGAGCUUGUGGCGCAGAUGUUCAAGAACUACCAGUCGAACGUGCUAUUCCAUCUGGAGGCUACGGAGAACUUCAAGGAGCCGUCCUAG